AUGGGAGAGAACGGUACUCUUCUAACAGCAGUUUACAAUGACAGCACUUCUGCCUGGGCACCAAUGCCCUCUACUCCGAGCAGACAGCUGGGCACCCUUCCUAACCCGCAGGCGCGCUUCAAGGACCUGACAGGGAUGUUUUUCAUGGUGACCCUGAACGUUCUGGCACUCUUGGCAAACACUGCUGUUCUGGGAGUCGUCAUUAAAGCUCCUCAUCUCAGGAAAUUUGCUUUUGUGUGCCACCUCUGUGCAGUGGACUUGCUGUGUGCCAUCCUGCUCAUGCCUCUUGGCAUCGUGUCCAGUUCCCCGUACUUUGCUGGUGUGGUGUUUACGGUACUGGAGUGUCAGGUCUACAUCUUCCUCAAUGUAAUCCUCAUAGCCGCCUCUAUCUUCACCAUCACAGCCAUCAGUGUGGAGCGUUAUUACUACAUAGUUCAUCCCAUGCGCUACAAGGUCAAGAUGACUCUGAAGCUGACAGCAGUCGUCAUGGUGAUGGUGUGGGUGGCUUCAGCGGUGCUGGGAUUGUUGACCGUGUUCGGAUGGCCAUCUCACAGCGCCAUCAGCCCAGCGCACUGCUCACUUCACUGGAGCCAUAGUGAGCACAGACGUAUUUUCUUAUUGCUCUUCAGCUUCACAUGUUUCUUUGUGCCAGCUGUUGUGAUUUUUGCUGUGUACUGUAAUGUGUACAAGGUGGCCCGCAUGGCUGCGAGGCAGCAUGGACCUUUGCCCUCCUGGACAAACAAUCAACUAAAGCAUCGUUCUGACUCCAUAAACAGCCAGACUACUAUCAUCACAACUCGCAAUGCACCCCGCAGGAUGGCACACGACCGGACCUUUGGCGGCGGUAAAGCUGCUCUCACUCUGGUGGUUAUUGUUGGCCAGUUUCUAAUCUGCUGGCUGCCUUAUUUCGCCCUCCAAGUUCAUUUCAUACUCGAUAAAAAACCCGAAAUCCCUGGUGACCUGGAAGAAGUGAUCACCUGGCUGGCAUAUUCCUCCUUUGCGGUAAACCCUUUUUUCUACGGGCUUCUGAAUCGGCAGAUCAGGGAGGAACUUUAUAAGCUGAAGCGCUGCUACUCAGCGCGGCCAAUGGAGUUGGCUGCUUCCAGUCAUGAGGGCUCAGUCCACGAGAACUUCCUGCAGUUCCUCCACAGAACCAGCUGUACAUUAGAGACACGUGCAAGCUUUGCCAUAUCAAGUCCUAGAAGUACUCUUGAUCAAACUGGACAGCAUGGUUUCAUGAUACCAGGACAGAUCCCAGAGGAGUUCAGUUAG